CAAAACUUGGGUCAAAAGUGGUUUACCUGCAGCGGAAUUCAAAAUAUUUUGUGGCAGUCACACCAAUUAGCCGGCGCAGUAGUUACAAACUAAAUUCCGUCAGCGCUACUCCACAGGGUUUCCUGAUCUCCGCGUUCCUUCAUCCACAGCGAUCGAGAGAGAUUCAGUCUGAGAGAUUAGGGAGUAUGAGUGUGAUCGACAUCCUCACCCGCGUGGAUGCGAUCUGUAAGAAGUACGACAAGUACGACAUCGAGAAGCUCAACAAUUCGAAUGUCCCAGGACACGACGCUUUUGCUCGCCUCUAUGCACAAGUUAACGAAGAUAUCGAAGCCGCCAUCCAGAAAGCUGAGAGUGCUCGGACUGAGAAGACUAAGGCUUCUGCUGUAGCGAUCAAUGCGGAAAUUAGGAGGACAAAAGCAAGGUUACUGGAUGAGGUGCCCAAAUUGCAGAGGUUGGCUACAAAGAAGAUUAAAGGGCUCUCUGGAGAAGAACUUGCUGCCCGUAAUGAUAUCGUCCUUGCAUUGCCUGAAAGGAUUAAUGCCAUCCCAGAUGGUUCCUCUGCACCACCUAAGCAAUCUGGAGGGUGGGGAACUUCCGGUUCUCGUACAGAAAUUAAAUUUGAUUCAGAUGGUCAGUAUGAUGAUGAAUUUUUCAAGCAAACUGAAGAGUCUAGUCAAUUCAGGCAAGAGUAUGAAAUGCGGAGAAUGAAACAGGACCAAGGCCUGGCAGUUAUAUCCGAAGGUCUAGAUACCUUAAAGGAUAUGGCACACAACAUGAAUGAGGAAUUUGAUAGACAAGUCCCACUAAUGGAUGAAAUUGAUGCUAAGGUUGACAAGGCCGCAUCUGACCUUAAGAACACCAAUGUGAGGCUCAAGGAUACAGUCCACCGGAUGCGUUCUAGUCGAAACUUUUGUAUUGACAUCGUUCUGCUAUGUAUAAUACUUGGAAUAGCAGCCUACUUGUACAAUGUACUGAAGAAAUAAACACUUGGAAACUCGUGUAAUUUUCUAUGAUGAUGGCUUCCGAUUUUCUUGGUGUUUCUGAUUUCUGAAAGUCUUGUGUUUUCUCACAGUAGAAUUCAUCCAUAUUGAAUUCCCACUUUUCUUUUUUCUUUUCCUCUUUGUUUUCGUUUUGUUUCGAAGGACUUUUCAACCGAAGCAUGUGUAUUGGUAUAUUCUCUAUGCUCACUUAUACAUGUGUAUGUGAUUUAACUGUUGGGCUUUGUGAGUUGUGUAUUACCAUUGUGUUGCGAGUAUCAAGUAAAUUGUGAGACAGUUUAAAUUGCAUUACCCUAUGUCUGGCUGAACUUUAUAUAAACUCAAUAUUUGUGUUGUAAAAAUUUGUAGUAGUUCAUACUCCGCAAUAAGCUUGGAUAUCGUCU